AUGUUACAAAGAUUUUCAAAAACUCCAAUUCAACAAUUAACUUCAUCAAUUUUUAAACAAAAUUUAAAUCAAAUUAGACAAUUUCAACAAUCUUCAAAAUUAUUAAGUGGUGAUGUAAUGACUCAAGUUUAUGGUACUCCAAAAGAAGGUGUUUAUUCAAAUUUACCAUUUCAAGUUAAAAAUAGAAAAUUUAUUCCUUUUGCUGUAUGGUAUUGGGGGGUUUUAGGUUUUUUCUUUGCUUUCCCAUUUUUAAGUACUGGUUGGCAAAUGUAUAAAUCUGGUUCUUUUAAUGAACCAGCUAUGUAA